UGCUUCAUUCAUGUCAUACGUCACGAGCAAGGUUCUGGAAAACACUUUGCUCUUGGAGAAAGACACCAAUAAAUUCUGUGAUUUCAGGCACGACUGGAAUAUCUCCUGGAUGGAAAGAUAUUGAUUUGGAAUUCGAACCCUUUUGAAAAAAGGAUUUAUAAUAUCGAUCAUUUUCAAUGGCUUGGGCAGCUGGGAGACAUUUGUGGUUCUUGUGCAACAUCUAUUUGGUGUGCUUACAUCAUCUUCGCUUCGCCGAAGCUUCGGCUCGAUGUGUUCCUGGCGUACAGUUUGCCUGUGCAGAUGGAACUCAGUGCAUCCCGUCUCCAUGGAGAUGCGAUCUUGACCCAGACUGCAGAGAUGUCAGUGAUGAGGAAAAUUGCACAUACAGUGGUGUAACAUGCCAAACAGGAUUUUUCCAAUGUACCAGUAGUGGAGCAGAGAUCUGUCUUCCAGAAUCCUUCAGAUGUGAUGGUCAGCCGGAUUGCCAAGAUGGCUCCGACGAAGGCCCAGAUUGUCCCGCUCCACCUGCCUUGAAGUGUCCAUCCUCCAUGCCCUAUCAAUGUUUAGAUGGUUCUAACUGUAUACCUUAUAGCAGUAUCUGUGACUUCAUUCCUGAUUGUGUUGAUUGGUCAGAUGAGGGUGCAUUUUGCAAUCCAGAUAAUGGAGGAGAUUGUACAAGGAUGGAGUGUGGAAGUGAUCAAGUGUGUCAAGAGACUAUCAAUGGUGGUAUGUGUAUCUGUCCACCAGGAUACCAAGUCAAUCAAGACAACUCCACACUCUGUGAAGAUGUUAAUGAAUGUGACCUCUAUGGGACAUGUGAUCAGAUAUGUAAAAACACCCAAGGAUCCUAUUCAUGUUCCUGUGCUAGUGGUUAUUCCAUGGUCUCAGAGGGAAGAUGUCGGUCUGACGAAGAAGCCAAGCUGCUUGUAGCAAAUGUGGAUAACCUCCUGCAGUUGAACCUUGAUGGGAGUAAAGUUAACGGAACCAGCUUAUUGGCUGCUAUGGGCACAAGGGCUAUGGACUACAAUCUCAAGAAAAAUAAGAUUUGUUGGGUGAAUUUUGGUAACCAUGCCGAGCAGCUGAAGUGUGCUGAUUUGACCAAGAUGGAUAACAUCGAAGUAAAAGAUCUCAUCCUAGAUCUUACCAAUGUCCAGCAGAUAGCCCUUGACUGGGUUACUGGUAACAUGUAUCUGAUGGAUGAUGUGGUGGAUGCUAUUAUUGUUUGUCGCUUUGCUGGGGAUAUCUGCAUUACGGUAGUAGAUGGAGACCUGUCUAGACCGAAGGGACUCACUCUGGAUCCCAGGAUGGGAUUCAUGUUUUUCACUGAUUGGGGAACAGUGUCAAGGGACAGGCCGUCUAGAGUUGAACGAGCUAACAUGGAUGGUAGUGGGCGAAUCAAUCUGAAUAUCACAAAGAUUGUAUUUCCUCAUGGCAUAACAGCAGAUUACGCUGCCCAGCGAAUCUACUUUGCCGAUACGCAGCUUGAAAUGGUUCAGACCGCUAGAUAUGAUGGCACAGGACAAAGAAUCAUCGCUCAAGGAUCCAGGGUGAGCUAUUUGUAUGGCUUGACCCUAUUUGAGAAUCACCUCUACGCAACCAAGUGGCAGUCGAACGCUACAAUAAUCAGUAUUGAUAAAUUUAAUGGAGAAGUACGGGAGUUAUCUACUGUUACACACAGAGCUGGUGCUAUUCAUGCAGUGCAUCCUCAGAGACAGCCACUGCCAACAAACCAACCAUGUCGUAGGAACAAUGGUGGGUGUGAGCAUCUGUGUUUGAUAGCCGGUGAAACAUCUUCAACCUGCCGAUGUCAGCAUGGAUAUAAUGUCUUGAGCAACGGAACAUGUAUCAGGAAUGCAGACAAUGCCAAGUUCCUUCUAUUCGGUCAGGGUUAUCCAGGAUCGGUAAGGGGGAUACCAGUCAACGAAAGCAGGGAUCCAAACUACGAAUCAAUGGUUCCUGUGCUUAACCUUCAGAGUCCAAGGGCCGUGGACUUUUACGCUGCCGAGGAUUACGUCUACUAUGCAGACUCGACAAACUAUACCAUAGGCAGACAAAAGCUUAAUGGAACACACAGGGAAGAUCUCCUUUGUGAUUAUAUUACAAAUUGUGAAGGGAUAGCGGUGGAUUGGAUCAGUAAGAAUCUUUACUGGACCGAUGAUGGAUCUAAGACUAUCAGUGUUGCUAGACUAGACGGGACCAAGAGAAGGCUGCUCCUGAAAGAGAAUUUCACUCAUCCAAGAGCUAUUGUAGUAGAUCCUAUCGAUGGGUAUAUGUACUGGUCUGAUUGGUCGGAGGGUGCUACCCAGGUUGCUCGUAUUGAGCGAGCCUUUAUGGAUGGUACCAACAGGACAGACUUUGUCAACGAAUACUUGCAGUGGCCCAACGGUCUGAGCCUGGAUAAAGAUAGGGGUGUCUUGUACUGGUGUGAUGCCUUUCAUGAUAGAAUCUCUAAAAAGUUUCUCAAUGGCACUGGCGAUGGGACUGUAACAAUACGGCCUCAACCAGAGCUAAAUCAUCCAUUUGGUAUCACUCAUUAUAAAGACAUCAUUUUCUGGUCGGAAUACCGUACUGGAUAUAUCUAUCGCUACGAUACAACAAUGGAAACACCCACACCCAUAUCAUUGCGUAAAGGUGGCUUGGUCUUUGAACUCAAGCUUUAUGAUGCCAAUGCACAAAAAGGUAGCAACGCAUGUAGUGUAAAGAACGGUGGAUGUGAGCAUCUUUGCCUGCCCGUCCCCGAUGGUAGAGUUUGUCAAUGUGAGAACGGAAUGAAGCUCAGCAAUGACACACAUUGUACAGAUGACCCUGAUUAUGUGCGGUAUUCUCGAUGUAGCAAAUCUUCAGAUGAGUUUGAGUGUAACAACGGUCGUUGCAUAGAUCGUACCUGGUUAUGUGAUGGAGAUAAUGAUUGUGGAGAUAAUACAGAUGAAACCCAUGGUGGCUGUCACAAUCAGACAUGUGGACCUAACAAGUUUCAAUGUCCUAAUAAUAAAUGCAUUCCUAUAAGAUGGACAUGUGAUGGUGAUUAUGACUGUGGAGAUAGCAGAGGUAGUGAUGAAACGCCUGAGCUCUGUAGUGGACAUGUCCAGAAAACUUGUGAUCCUGAUUUAUUCCAAUGUGAUAAUGGCCGUUGUAUCUCUACAUCAUGGCAUUGUGAUCAAGAGGACGACUGUGGAGAUAACAGUGAUGAAAAAGAGUGCAAUUAUUGCCGUGAAGGACUCUUUGAGUGUGAUAACGGAGCAUGCAUCAGCAUAACCUGGCUAUGUGACAGAGAUGAUGACUGUGGUGAUGGAUCGGAUGAGGUAGACUGUGCCUAUUCAUGUGAUAAUGAAACCCAGUUCCAGUGCCAUGUAUCCCUUCGAUGUAUUAAUAUUGAUCUGGUAUGUGAUGGUGUUCCCAACUGUGAUGAUGGCAGUGAUGAAAGAGAAAGAUGCUCUUUCAAUCCAGUUGUAUGUAACAACAAUGAGUUUCAAUGUGAUGGACAACGUUGUAUUCCUGAAACAUGGAGAUGUGAUGGAGAAGAAGACUGCAUCAAUGGAACAGAUGAACAUAACUGUACAAACCCUGCAGUUCCUGUAUGUCGAGAGGAAACCCAUUAUAAAUGUCCUAAUGAAAACAAGUGUAUCCCCGAUGCCUGGCAUUGUGAUGGUAUAGCAGAUUGUCAAGAUCAGUCAGACGAGUUCAACUGUCCAUUACUGCGUUGUGAAGUGAAUGAAUGGCAGUGUGCAAACCAUACCAUGUGUAUCCCAUUACAUAAUCUAUGUGAUGGUGCUCAACAUUGCAUUGGAGGAACCGAUGAAUUAGAUUGUGACUUUACAAUGUGUGAAAAGGCAGCAUGUAAGGAGGAAUGUCAGGUGACCCCUGGUAAAGGAGUCAUGUGUUACUGUGGAGAAGGAAAGGUCAUUGACCCUGAAGACCCAACACGCUGCAUACCAGAUACUAAGAUGUGUAACAAAGUAGGCCGAUGUAGUCAGCAGUGCGUCAACGGUAAAGGAACGUAUGUGUGCAAGUGUUAUCCUGGUUAUCAGAUGUCAUCUGAUGGAUGGACCUGUAAAAGCAAUGCCACUGCUAACCCUUAUCUGAUAUUCUCAAAUCGCAAUCAGCUUCGCCGUGUUAACCUAGCUACCAGUGAAUACAAUGUCCUUGUCUUCAAUCUACACAACAGUAUUGCAGUUGACUUCCAUUAUAGUAAUAGCUCAAUCUAUUGGACUGAUGUAGUAGACGAUAAGAUUUAUCGUGGAUGGCUUGAUGAAAACUCGCCUAAUGCAGGAUUGAGGAACAUAGAACCCGUUAUUGAAGCUGGUUUGGCAACCUGUGAAGGACUUGCUGUUGAUUGGAUCGGAGGUAACCUCUACUGGGUUGAAAGUCAUCUUGAUCAGAUAGAAGUAGCUAGAUUAGACGGAGCUAUGAGAACUACUGUGGUUGCAUCUAAUAUGGAGAGCCCUAGGGCCAUUGCUCUGGAUCCUACUGAAGGGCUAAUGUUUUGGACUGAUUGGGAGAAUCGUGCCCCACGCAUAGAGAGAGCGACUAUGAGUGGUGCUAAUCGCAGCGUCAUUGUAAACAUUACUCAGCUAGAAGGAGGCUGGCCUAAUGGACUCACUAUUGACUACUCGGAGAAAAGAAUCUAUUGGAUUGAUGCAAGGUCAGAUGCCAUCCAUGCUGCCCUGUACAAUGGAUCAAAUGUCUUCACCGUUUUAAAGGGACACAACUCCCUCUAUCAUCCCUUCGCUAUCACUGUAUUUGAGGGAAGUGUGUUCUGGACUGACUGGAGGAGUAACACUGUCUACCAAGCUAAUAAGUUUACUGGACAGAAUGUAACAUCCAUACAGAAGACAAGUACUCAACCGUUUGAUAUCCAUGUCUAUCACCCUUACAGACAACGUCAAAAACCCAAUCCAUGUGGUGUCGACAAUGGCGGUUGCUCUGACCUUUGUUUACUUAAUGGACAUGGAAUUGCCUGUGCUUGUCCUCACCUCAAGAAACUCCAUACAGACAACAAGACAUGCAUCAAUGACACUGUGUUCUUUGUUAUCUCGCGUCCAACGGACAUUCGUGGAGUGGACAUAGAUGACGGCUACUACAAUGUGAUUCCAGCCCUUACGAUACCCAACGUAGCUAACGCAUCCUCUAUUGAUCAUGAUACCGUUGAGAAUAGGAUUUAUUGGACUGACUUACAAAGGAAAAGCAUCAACAGAGCUUUUAUAAAUGGAACCGCCAUUGAAACAGUCAUUGAAGGUAUUCCACAUGCAUAUAACCUAGCCAUAGAUUGGGUUUCCAGGAACAUGUAUUGGACAAACCUUUCGCCAGAAAAGAGUACUAUAAACAUUGCUAGACUUGAUGGAAGCUUCCAGAAUGAAAUUGACAAUCUGAACCUGACCAACCCAAGAAGCAUAGUUAUUGAGCCAACUGAUGGGAUAAUGUAUUGGAUCAACGCUGGGCCAAGUCCAUCUAUUGAGAAAGCUAGAAUGGAUGGUACAAAUCAAACUUCAAUUGUCUCAGGACAUGUGCUCAAUAGACCGACAGGUCUAGCUAUUGAUCGCUCCAAGGAGCGUUUGUAUUGGACUGAUGCUGGACUAUAUAAGAUCAAGACAAGUGAUUUGCAAGGAGGUAAUAUCCAAGAGUUCCUAUCUCUGGAUGAAGCUUCCCAACCAUCGGCUAUUACUGUUACUAAUGACAAGGUUUUCUGGGCUGAGAAUAAAGAUUUAGGAACCAUCAAGUAUGUCCAGAAGAAUGAUAGUGAUCACAUCAACAUCCUUAGAAGGAAGACUCCCGGUGUUACCGAGAUGUUUAUGUAUAAUCCUACCUCACAGAUUGGUGAGAACGCUUGCAAGGAUCAGAAUGGAGGAUGUCAGCAGCUAUGUCUCCCUCUACCAAACAAUGAUAGAAAGUGUGCUUGUACUGCUGGUUAUAUCACCUCAUCAGAUAGUACUACAUGUAACGGUGUCAGUGAGUUCCUACUUUAUUCAACCGAUGAGACCAUUAGAGGCCUGUCCCUCAAUGAACCUUUGGAUGGUAAAGAUAUGUUGACUCCAAUCACUGGUCAUAUGCUCUCCAUUGCUAUUGACUUCCAUGCAGCGGAGAAUUUCAUCUAUUGGGCCGAUACAGCACUGUACACGUUGAAUCGGAUCAAGAGAGAUCACACAGAAAGACAAGUCUUGGUCACAGCUACUAACAGCAGAAUUGAAGGCAUAGCUAUUGACUGGAUUGCAGGUAACAUGUACUGGACAGACCAAAGGAAUGAUGUGAUUGAAGUAUCAAGGAUGAAUGGUUCCUUCAGAUAUGUUUUAAUCUCAUCAGGACUUGAUAAACCCAGACCAAUCGUUGUUCAUCCUCUCAAAGGAUAUCUUAUUUGGGCUGAUUGGGGAGCCGAGCCUAAAAUAGAACGAGCCCUCCUUAACGGAGAGAAUAGGACUGCCAUUGUAAAUAGUAGCAGAAUCAACUGGCCAAAUGGCUUGGUCAUUGAUUUUACCACAGACAUGCUGUACUGGUGUGAUGCAGGUCAUAAUAACAUAGCCAGAGUAGAUUUGAAUGGUGCCAACUAUAAAGUUAUCUCGAGCAAUGUCCCUCACAUCAAUGAUCCUUUUGCUAUCACAUUGAGCCAACAAUACCUCUACUUCACCGACAGGACGUCGGGUUCCGGGUCCAUUUAUCGUUUGAACAAGGAUGGAAACGACACUGGGAAAAUGAUGAAAGGGGGUAUUGGAGUAGCAGUCAAAGAUGUCCAUGUAUACAGUAUCAACAGCCAACCAGGUAGUGACAUGAACCCUUGCAGUGUAAACAAUGGAAACUGUUCUCAGAUCUGUUUUUAUCUUGGAGAAAGAAGAAGAAUAUGUGCAUGUGCUCAUGGAACGGUAGCAGAGGAUGGAAAGAACUGCGAGGAAUAUGAUGCCUAUAUCCUGUACUCAGAAAGGAAUGGUGUCAAGAGUAUCAACCUAUAUAACACGUCGGACAAGAAUCAACCAAUCCCACCGUUAUCCGACCCUGAGAACAUUCGAAAUGUCAUUGGAUUAGCUGUCGAUUAUGCAGAGAAAAGAAUCUUCUACACAGAUAUACUGCUUGGUAAUAUACAAAUGGUGAAUGUUAAUGGGACAGGACAUAGAACAGUUGUCACCGGUAUUGGGUCGGCAGAAGGCAUUGCGUAUGAUCCGAUCAUGAGGCAGGUAUACUGGACAAGCUACACAAACUCCUCCAUUGGUCGCGCUAUGAUUGAUCAACCUAAUAGAGAUGAGAUUCUUAUCAGACUCACUGCCAGUGAUCAUCCAAGGGGUAUCGCAAUAGACUAUUGCCAUAGCCUGAUGUUUUGGACUAAUUGGAACGAGGCAUUCCCUCGCAUCCAGCGAGCUACCCUCAGUGGUCAGAACGUAACCAACAUCAUAACGGACGUGGUUCAGAUGCCCAAUGGGAUUGGAAUCGAUCAUAAAUCACGUCUUCUCUUCUGGUCUGACGCUAAACAAGAUAAGAUAGAACGGUGCGAUUAUGAUGGACAGAACAGAGUGGUACUUCUUGUAACAGAACCCGUUCAUCCAUUUGGUUUGGUUGUUUUCGAUGAUUUCCUAUACUGGACUGACUGGGUUAGGAGGGCUGUAUUGAAAGCUGAUAAAUACACUGCAGCAGAGGUCACCGUCCUUAGAGCUAACAUUCCACAACAACCCAUGGGUAUCGUCGUCAUGGCAGCCGAUGCUAAUAACUGUUACCAAUGGCCAUGUCAUGAUGAUAACGGUGGAUGCGAUGGUACUUGUCUGACUAAUGUAACAGGUCAUGUGGUAUGUACCUGUCCAGAAGGAAAGCAAGUAGACGAGAGAACUCGGUGCAUAGAUGUUGAAACUAAUUGUCAAGUUGGAGAAUUCACCUGUACUGAUGGAACAUGUAGUAGAUAUGAAGAUACAUGUGAUGGUAUAAAUCAGUGUGCGGACGGGUCAGAUGAAGAUUCCAGAUACUGCAAUCAUCGGGUAUGUCGUGAGGAACAUAUGAGAUGUAAUAAUGGUCGAUGUGUUUCAGCUAACCGUCGCUGUGAUGGUAAUGACGACUGUGGUGAUAAUAGCGAUGAACUCAACUGUGGUUGUAAAGAGAAUCAAUUUCAGUGUAGGAGCGGUGAAUGUGUACCAUUAAGCGGUAAAUGUGACCAUCGACUAGACUGCCAGAAUGAUGGGUCGGAUGAAGACAAAGAAGAAUGCCCUGAAGUAAACUGUGCAGAAUGGGGUAAAAAGACGUUCUUAUUACUUCCCAAUGGUACGACCUUUGUGAACUGUCCGAAUGUCUCAGUUUGUAUCUUCCAUUCUUGGAUAUGUGAUGGCGUUAAUGACUGUGGUGAUGGUAGUGAUGAAAGAAAUUGCAGCUCAGAUUCCCCAACAAGGGCACAAUGUGAAGAAGGUCAAUUUCAAUGUCGCAAUGGUCGAUGUAUCCAGCAAUCCUGGGUGUGUGACAGAGAGAAUGAUUGUGGCGAUAACUUUGAUGAAGAGCAAGAAGAAUGUUCUUCUACGUGUCCACCUGACCACCACCAGUGUGCCAAUGGUCAGUGCAUUCAUAAGUCUUGGGUCUGUGACAGGGAUAAUGAUUGUGGAGAUAACAGUGAUGAGAAUGAAACUCUACACCAUUGUUCAAACCAUAACUGUACCGGUGAUAUGUUCCGUUGCACCAACCAACGCCGAUGUGUAUCAAGAUCAUGGGUUUGUGAUGGUGAAGAUGAUUGCGGAGAUGGUCAGGAUGAAGAGGGUUGCCAUAUAAAUCUAUGUAGAGAUGGUGAGUUUUCAUGUGCCAACGGCCGGUGUAUUCAGAGGUCCUGGGCUUGUGAUCACGAUGAUGAUUGUGGCGAUGGGUCAGAUGAGCCUGAAGAUGAAUGUGAAUUUCCAGCGUGUCUUGAUGAUCAGCACAGAUGUAGCAACGGUCGUUGUAUUCCCAAGGACUGGGUGUGUGACGGGGAUAAAGAUUGUCAUGAUGAUUCAGAUGAAAAUAAUUGCGACUCCUCACCAGCUCCACCGAAUAACUGCACAAAGAAUAACUUAUUUCAGUGUGGUAAUGGAAAGUGUGUCCCUCUAUCAGCCAGAUGUAAUACCAGUGAUGAAUGUGGCGACAAUUCGGAUGAAAUUGAUUGCAAAUGUGAGGUAGACUAUCCAUGUUCUCAGAGGUGUGUGGAUUUGAACGCUUACUUCUGGUGUUACUGCGUCGAAGGCUUCACACUUCUAGACGACCAGGUCACCUGUGCCUUACAACCGGACCAACCUAAACCCUACCUACUGUUUUCGAAUCGAUAUCAGCUUCGCACAGUUGGCGUCGAUGGCUCCAACUACACCACGCUUCAGGUCAAUGUCACCAAUGCAGUGGCAUUAGAUUAUGACUGGGAGGAACGGAUGAUAUAUUGGUCUGAUGUCACUCAACAGAACAGCAAGAUCAGUCGUGCUAAUAUUACUCAUGGAACUACAGAGGUAUUACAUGAUCUUGGUGUAUUGAAUCCUGAUGGUAUUGCUGUAGAUUGGGCUGGAAGGAACCUGUAUUGGUGUGAUAAAGGUUUGAAUGUCAUUGAAGUAUCAAGGCUUAAUGGAAGCUAUCGCAAGACCUUGAUCAAAGAGAAUCUCGAUGAACCUAGAGCCAUUGCUCUCGAUAUCAUCAGAGGUGUCAUGUUUUGGACUGACUGGGGAUCUUCACCAUACAUUGGAAGAGCAAGCCUUGAUGGACGCCACUUCACAAGAUUGGUAACGGAGAAGAUUCAGUGGCCCAAUGCCCUAACGGUCGAUUACACGACUGAUAGAAUUUAUUGGGGAGAUGCAAGGGAGGAUAGGAUAGAGUCUGUCUCUUGGAAUGGAACAAACAGACAUACUGUGGUGGGGUCUAACGUCCCUCAUAUCUUUGCCAUGAGCAUGUUUGGUGAUUACAUCUACUGGACCGACUGGGACCAACGGAGGGUCAAGAGGGCUCACAAGUUCACUGGCCAAGAUCAGUUAGACCUGGUCCUUGUAGUACAUAGACCGAUGGAUAUUCAAGUCCUGCAUCCUCUUCGCCAGCCUCGAAUUGAGAACAAUCCUUGUGGUAAGAGCAAUGGUGGCUGUUCAAACCUGUGUCUUCUGAAUCAAGAUGGCGGAAGGACGUGUGCGUGUCCUAAUAAUUUCUACCUUGCUUCCGAUGGAAGGACAUGUGUAUCAAACUGUACCGGAAGUCAGUUUGUGUGUGGGAAUGAUAAAUGUAUCCCAUCGUGGUGGCAUUGUGAUCAAGAGGAUGACUGUGGCGACGGAUCGGAUGAACCUGAUAACUGCCGUCCAUUUUAUUGCACACCUGGUCAGUUUCAGUGUCAGAAUGCAUCUGAAGUUGAUAAUGAAUGUAUCAAUCCUGCAUUCAUAUGUGAUGGUGAGAAGGACUGCAGAGAUGGAUCAGAUGAAAUGCGCUGCCUGAAUCAUACAUGUCUGCAGAAUCAGAUCAAAUGUGAGAGAAGCAACAUAUGCAUUCCCAAAUCCUUUCAGUGUGAUGGUAUCAAUCAUUGUGAACAUGGGGAAGAUGAAGCUACGUGUGAUCAAGUUCAGUGUCGAGACGAUCAGUUUCGGUGUAAUGCAACAGGGCGUUGUAUACCUGAAGUAUGGCGUUGUGAUGGUGAAGAUGACUGCGAGGACAGAUCAGAUGAGUUGGGAACAUGCCUAAAUCGUUCAUGUCCUGUGAAUGAGUUUGCCUGUCAUGGCAACGGUCGUUGCAUACCGCAGAGAUGGCAGUGUGAUGGUGAGCGAGAUUGUGCUGAUGGCUCCGAUGAAAAACCUCAAGAUUGUUCCAAUCGUUCCUGCCCUGGAGAUUUGUUCCGCUGCAAGAAUUAUAACUGCAUCCCUAUUCUAUGGAGGUGUGAUGGAGACAACGAUUGCGGAGACGACUCUGAUGAAGAUGGUUGCAAUACGUCAUGUGAGAAGGAUGCAUUCCGUUGUGAUGAUGGUCAAUGUAUCACCAAGAAUCUGACGUGUAAUGGUAAACCUGAUUGCCGGGAUGAGUCUGAUGAACAACAAACGCUUUGUAAAGAAGACUGUGCCGAGACUGAAUUUCAGUGUCGCGAUGGUCGUUGUAUUUGGUGGCGCUGGAAUUGUGAUGGUGAUCCAGAUUGUAAUGACGGAUCGGAUGAGGAGGGUUGUGAGAAUGUUUCAUGUCUGCAAGAUGAGUUUCAUUGUACUAACAAUAAAUGUAAGCCUUUAAUGUGGAGAUGCGACGGAGAAGAUGAUUGUGGAGAUAACUCCGAUGAAGAUCCUCAACUCUGUGCUCGCCUAAGUUGUCCUGUUACCAAGUAUAGAUGUUCUAAUCACAUCUGUAUCAAUCAGCGCUUUGUAUGUGAUGGUAUCAACAACUGCGGAGACAACAGUGAUGAGAUGUUUUGUACUCCUCCUCUGUGUACUGCCAACCAAUUCAAAUGUAAGAAUCACCGUUGCAUCGAUGUCAAUCUGCUCUGUAAUGGAGUGGAUAAUUGUCAGGAUCGUUCAGAUGAAGCAGACUGCACCAAAAAUCCUUCAUGUCACAGUGGAGCCAUUCAGUGUGCCCAUCAAUGUUCUUUAGUAGGUGGGGUCCAUUACUGUACUUGUCAUCCAGGAUAUGAGUUACUUGCUGAUGGGGUAUCAUGUGCAGAUGUGAAUGAAUGUGCUGAGUUUGGUACAUGUACCCAGACCUGUGAGAACCUGAAUGGAUCGUAUAGCUGCUCCUGUGUUAAAGGCUAUAAACAGCUUAGGAUCAAUGGCUCAAUUCAUUGUGAAGCAAUAGGUGGUCCUCCUGUUCUAUACAUAGCUGAAGAAGGCAGACUUCGUCACAUGAACACAUCAGGUCCACCGUCACCUUACCAAACAGAUGCAAGCGUGGAUGCUGGGACAAGAAUAAUCUCCAUGGAUAUGCAUUACAGUGAGAAGAAAGUCUUCAUCCUAUCAGGCUACAAUACGUCAGGGUAUCGUCUAUAUCAAAUACCACUUCAUAAUGAUGCAGCAAGGAAGAAGAGAGAUACAGAAGAAGAAGAUCCCCUCGUUGAGCUGUUUGAGUUGGACCAACCAGAGGGCAUUGCCGUUGACUGGAUCAGUGACAUGGUAUACUGGACGGAUAGCUCGGUUCAUUCAUUAGAGGUGGCCAGUCUGGAUGGUUCACUGAGGAAAACAUUGAUAUCAAAUGCAAGAACACAUCCACAGUCCAUUGUCGUCCAUCCAAAGAAAGGUGUGCUGUUCUUCAGUAACUGGGGAAAGAGACCCGCUAUUAACAAGGCACACAUGGAUGGGACUCACCUAGAAACGAUAGUAGAGGAGAAUCUAGCCCAGCCGACAAGUAUCGCCAUUGAUUAUGUAAGCGAGAGAUUGUAUUGGGCGGACAGCAAGAUGAGACUGAUUGAGAGCUCUGAUUUGGAUGGCGGAGACCGAGUUCCGGUGGUUACAUUCCCUCAUACUGGCGGUUCCCCUUUCUCCAUUGAUAUCUUUGAGGAUCGUAUCUACGGCUCCACCAAGAAUCCUUACCAACUCUUCAGAGUAGGAAAGUUUGGUCACCAGAGUACUGAUAGAAAGAGGCUCACUUUUCUUACUCGACAAAGACCAAAGACAUCCAUGGUCAAAAUUGUCCAUCAACAAAAACAGGACACAGGUAUCGUCAAUCCUUGUGAACACCAGACGUACUCUUCCAAUCAGCUAUGUCUGCUAACUCCAUUUGGUCCCUCUACUGUCUGUAAGGAAGGCUAUGAGCCUGAUGGGAUAUCAGAUUGCAUACCAGUACAAGAUAACUCUCCUUGUGCCAGCCAUGUUUGUGCUAAUAAUGGAAACUGUGUUGAAGUCAAUGGAAGAGCAAAGUGCAGAUGUCAAGUUCCAUUCAGUGGGGAGCAUUGUGAGCGUAAUCGGUGCCAUUCCCGUUGUCAAAAUAAUGGAACGUGUACAUAUGAAUCUCCUGGAAUGUUACACUGUGCUUGUACUCCGCGAUGGAAAGGGCCAUUUUGUACAGAGGACAGGUGUCGUACGUACUGCAAUGGUCGCGGCCAGUGCUUUGAGAGUGGUAGCACAUUAGCAUGUCGAUGUCAUCAACCAUGGAGUGGUGAUCAAUGCAAUGAUCACAUCUGUGACUCAUAUUGUCGCAAUGGAGGAACAUGUUCAAUAGAUGAUAAUGGUAAUCCACAGUGCUUAUGUCCUAAAGAAUUCACUGGUACCCGGUGCGAUGGUGACGACUGUCAUGAAUUCUGUUCUCCGGGCAGCAAAUGUCAACAAAUAGGUACGACUAUUCAGUGUAUCUGUUCUUCAGCUCGUUAUACUGGUCAGCGAUGUGAAGAGGAUAGAUGUAGUGACUGCAGUAAACUCAUAAAUCAAUCAUGUGUCUUGACCGAUAGUGUUGAAUGCAGAGAUCAUGGUGAUGGGCAUCCAAGCACAAACUCACAGUCAUCACAAGUGGCAGUGGCAGCUGUAGUGCCCAUCCUCAUCAUUUUAUUUAUUCUUGUGGUUCUUGUUUUAAUAUACUUAAAACGAAGACAAAGGUCAACGAGCGGUUUUGCUCAUCGUCGAAUAGAAAGCGAGGAGGAUAUGGAGUUUGGAAACCCAACAUUUAAAUACUCGCGUCAACUGAAUGAAGAAGAUGAAGGGGAAGCAAUGGAUGCCCCAUUCACAUUACGUGAUCACAAGGCAAGAACCAACCUUACAAACCCGAUGUACAGCUCGUAUCUCAACCAAAGAGGCUCUGAACUCAGCUUAGAAAAUAAACAGUUUGUUGACCUACCAGAGCGAGAUACAGAAAGACUUCUUCAGGAUGAUGGAGAUGAUGACUGAAGCCCGAUAGGAGGCGUCGUUUAACUCAGCUGAAAUACAAACAACUCUCCCGCUCUCCGCAAUGCCACCGAGACUCGAACUUUCAGUCCAAUGUGAAUCAAGCUAUUUUUUUAUUUUUGCAUUGCAUUUUGACGAAUGGGAUCUUCAUUGCUAUGUGUUUCAUUGAUGUGUUAUCCCAAGGAAGUGUUUCACAAAGGGAAGAGUCUGACUUAAAGUUAUGCUUCAGAACCAAUGUGCAUAUUGUAUUCAUUGCAUGAUUUCAUUGUUUAUUACCAGGUUAAACAUGUCCCGCGAUCACGAUCUCAACGAUGCGGUGAUAGAUUCUCUAUUACAGAGAAAUGUAAGUGUGAUGUUAGUCACACUUAAACCUAUGUGAAACACCUCCGGGCUUCAGAGAUGGUAUUAUUGUUAAUCCAAAGUCAAUAUUACAGUAUUUGCAUGUAAAACACUGUACUUAAAUUUUGUACUAUGUGUGAAAUCAACAGCAACGUAUUCAUUAAAAAUGUACACCAAAGAAGUGUGCAUCUGCUUUUCUGGUAAAGCAUUUUUAAAAAUUGUUUUAUUCGUAAGUUAUUAUGCCAAUAUUAUAGUAUAUUAUAGUGUAAGAUGUAUCAAUGUAAGCUAAAAGAACUACUAAUAAAAACUAAAAAAGAAUGACAUGUAUCAAUAGUGGAUGAUUCAUAAGAAAAAAAAUGUUUUAUUUUCAUUCAAAUGCAGACCUCUAGACACAGUAAGAAAUCUCUUAUCUCUUUUUUUAUUAUGGAAAUGUGGCUGUGGUAACAGCUUUAUGUUUACAUUUUUUAAAAUAUACGGGUAGACUUAUAUUUUUACAUUUUAUUCAAAAAAGAAAGAUGGGAAAUUCAUGCUUAUAAACUGAUGUUCUAGUCUUUUUAUGAAUUUGAAUAUGUCGGUCUAAGGUUUGAUUGUUUCCAUGCCUGUUUCUGAAAAGCUUUUGCAAUUUUUAAAAUCAAAUUAUUCUUAUUUUAUUGGAGAAUGCAGCCCAUACUUCUAUACCCUUUAUCAGAUGCAGAAAAAUCUAAAUAAGCAUUUCAAUGAAAGUUUGAAACAAAAAAUAGAAAAUAAUAUCUAGGUAUAAAUAUUUAUUUGUCGCCACAGCGGUUGCCAUUGAUUGCUUGAAAUCAAAUCAUGGUCUGUAAUGUAUUCUAUGGAGAUCGCUGGAGCCCUACGCAAGGACAUGUUUGCUUCAACGUUUGAAAUGCGCUUUUGUGAAAUAGCACUAAUUUAUACUUACAGUUUCAGUUGUCGAACCCUACAUUGACAAAUAAAACAAAUCCAUUAUUUCUGUAUAUAUGAAAAAAGUGUUUUCCAAUUUCAGAGAUCCAUUUAUUCUAAUACAAAAUUCUGGUUAUUAAAAAGGCACCGGAAUCUGGACUAAAAUUUCAUGAAAGGAAUUGUCGGAUGUUUCAUCCCACAAGCCCCAUUUUAUCUGAGAGUUACCAUAGUAACACUGCUUCAUGGCCAAUCAAAAUCACGGAAUGUUGACAGAUCUGACAACUUGUCAGACAAAAAUGUUGAUGAAAUUCUCCCCUGAGCUGACUCCAAUUUUUAAAGCAUCAAAACUUAUAUUUAGUCCUGUCUAUUUUUCUUCCAACUUUUGACUUAUUGAUUCUAAUAUUUUCUGCUUCUGAUAGCGGGUAUAGAUCAUGGAUCAUGCUAAAAAAAUUGAAGAGAUACAACCUUGUUUUUAAAUUAUUAAUUUUAAGUCUUUAGAUUGGAGGCACAUCAAGGUACUGUAAGCCAAAUUAUGCUCCCAAAGAGGACAAAAUCUUGCCUGGAACUUUUUUUCUUGAUUUUAUAUUAAAAAAAAUCAUGCUUCCUUGAAAUUCAGCAUUAUUAAUUACUAAAAGUACUCAAUUUGUCCUUAAUCAUCAAGUCACAGUACUUUAUUUUACAAUAAAAAUAUCUUGACUUGCAGUUGAAAUAUGCCUUUAAAAAAAGUUGCAUUUACUUUUACAAUGCUUGAUUGUACUUAUAAUAUCUUGAUCAGUAGCUCUAUGUACCUUAUUCAACAUCUUGAACUUUUCAUUUAAUUGGGCUUUUUAUAUUAUAUUGUAUUCAACUUACCUACAGCUUUUAUUAUUCUAAAAAAGAAUUCAAUAUUAAUCACCUUGUCUGUACUCAGUACAAAAAAUAUAAGUCAUUGCUAAAAUGGUGACAGAACAGCUACUCAUGCUUCACUUUUAUUAUGGGUAUUUUAUGUAGUACUCCUUCAUUUUUAUAAGUCGUAUACCUAUGACUAUCUGUCUGGCAUGGCUAAUAUUUUCCUCUUACAAUUGCAAUCUUCUAUUCUGAAAGCUAUGCUGACAGCAGAUGUAUAUAUUUUAUGGUGCUUUAUUCGUCCUCUAGGUAUAUAUUAUAUGCACUUUUUGUAAUCCGCACUUCCAUAUCCAUACAAACCAUAGCAUUCUUGACUAUCUUGUCACAACCAAAUAAUGAAAUAUUUCUUUAAAGGUGGUAUGAAAUUUUGGCUUCUGCGCAAGAAGCACAAUAUAUUUUUAGGGUUUACACCAAUCCAUCCAGUAAUUGCAUAUUGUCAGGAGAUUUUGUCACUUUACUUUUAAUGAAAAAGUAACUCUGGGUCCCACAACAAAGGUUAGCAAUUGAUCACAAGCUUGAUUUUCAUGAUUGAUUGUACAUUGUAGUCAAUGGAAUAAAUCAUAGAAAAAUGUUCUAUGAUCAUUGCUAAGGUUUGUGUUACGGCCCCUGGUUUCCAAAAGAUCAGUCUAAUCAAGUGAUGGUCCUUGUCAUGAAUUUUC